UAGGAUAUCCUCCUCGGUCGACCACCACACUCCCGCGCGCACACCUGAAGGAGUAACGUCUCGCCUGGUGGUGGUGGCACGAAAGCAGUUGUCAGUGAAUCGUAAUUCCCUUCAAUCAAGACUACAUCUCCUGCUAGUACACGAUGACUUGGGUACUACCGACGCUGCUGGUGGCGAUCUACCUGUUGACUGUUGCCUCCGCUUUCACCACCGAUUUAAAUGAACCUAAUCCCUUCGAUCUGCUCCAAGUGGCGACGGAAAAGAUCUUCCUAGAUGAUGGCAUUAAAGAUAUGCUCUCCGUGUUCGCCAUCCAGGGAAUCGUUACAGUCGCAGUAGUGAUAGGAGUAAUCUUCCUGUUCCGGGAACUCGGCCUAGCCCUCAAAUCUGGACUCUACCCGGAGGAAGAUUCCGAGGAGGCUUCCUACAGUGAGCCAUACGUUGCCUACUAUGACCAACCCAGCUCUUACGCCUCCAUCGGCUAUCAGAGCAGUCAACGUUCCUUAGGGAAAAGAGAGUCCUUACUUACACGGGUUCUCAACAGCAUCGACCCAGUGGAGUCGGCGUUCGCCUUGAUGGAUGUGGAGGAAGUGGCCUGUCGGAGACGCACCGUGUGUGAGCUACAGAGAGCCGCCUCCAGGAUGCCUAUCAUAGCUUCCCUCGUCCAGUAUAUCAGUCCAUCAAUCAGUGGCCUGGAGGAAUACAAGGAGGCGCAAGAUGCUGGUGCCGCCUUGGAGGACUGCGCGUUGCUAUUCUCCGAGUGUCCCACCUCCUUGGUCCAGAAUGUAUGGGGCGACGACCAGGUAAACCUCCACACACGCCAGCGGCUCUCUCCACUGCCUUGACUGUACACUCGUCCUGCGCAAAGUUUAUAGAAGGCGAUGAUGCUUCGUACAACAUGCCCUUAUUGUGAUGUCGACCGUUUGAAAAGUUAAAAUAUGUUUUCGAAAUUUAACAUAUAACUACAUAGAAAUUCAUUCAGUUAUAAUGUACCUAAAUACACAAAAAGGGCCGUGAUAGAGUAGAUUAAAAGAAAAUAUCACGUUAAUGUGAGGUAUAUCAAUAAUGUUAAAGUGAUCAAAAGAAAUGGGGGAUAUUAUAAUUAAAUUCAACUUUGGUAGCUGUUUAUAAAGCACACUAAUCUGUAGUUCUGGUUAACUUUGCGUCACUGUUAUUUAGUAAUUAAUAGAUCAUUAAUUUCAGUUUAUAACAAAAUCAAUGUUGUUUUCCGCAGUCUGCCAAGAGGAUGCAGACAGCUGUUGUAUUAGAUGUUGACUUAUGGCCAGUAAAGGCGUAACGACUUGUUCGCGCCAGUAACACAACUUAGUCACUUCUCGUCAAAACAGUGAAUAAAUGGUAUUAAUAUUUAGCAUGUAUUUAUUUGAAUAUAUUUAUAUGUUUAGUUUAAUUUAUGUUUAUUUUUUUAGAUUAUUACCAAGUGACCAAUAUCACAAUUCUCUGUUGACCAAAAAUCUUCUUUAGAUCCUUAUUGUCAUAAGAAAAACUCAACAGUCCUACACUCCUCAACUAACAUGUUCUUGUCUUUAUAACGUGCAUGAUAUAGUUCUGUGUAUCAUGUUAACAUAACCAAUUCCUUAACAUCCCGAAAGACAACAUGUUAUUUCGGACAACUUCUCAGAAUCUUAGUCUAUUACAUAUUGUCUUAAGAGAUUCCAUACUUCUAUAGAAACUACAUGUUAUAGUCUUUGAGCUGUCUCUCAAAAUAUUAUGGAUUUCUUUCAACUAGACGCCAUUAACACCGAAUUGUCUCCACUUUGUCCGGUUAAUUUACCAAUGACAGAUUAAAUACUGUCUUUACUAUCUAGACGCUAAUUUGACCGAUAACUCCCCCACUUCCCUUACUUCUGACUGACCUCUGAGUUUUCAAUGCGCAAAGACUGCUAAGUGAACCGAUUAAAUACUACCAUGACUAACUUGAAGAACUCUACCCUG